UGAAAGAAGUUCUGUGGGUAAAAUGCUAUCAAACACUGCAUGCUACAGAGAAAUCAUACGUGAAGGAAGAGUCAAUUAAUGUGGCAAACUUCACUGUUGUCUUAUUUUAAGAAAUUGCCACAGUCACCCCGACCUCCAGUAGCCGCCACUGAUCAGUCAGCAGCCAUCAACAUUGAGGCAAGACUCUCCAUCAACAAAAACCCAGCCUCCGAAUAAACCGAAUUCCUCUGCUUGUACGGAACCGGCCGGCCUCUCAAGAUGGCGGUUCCCACUGAGACACAGCGUAUGGGAGCGGCCAUAUUGUCUCCUGAACAAAGCCGCCCAGGGUGCGGAGUGGGCAAAGCUGCCCGGUACGGAACAGCGCAGGCCCGGGAGCCCAGUGCUUUGCUCACCCAGACAGGAAGCGUGAGAGUUCGCCGCUAUGGAUGUGACAGCUGUCCUGGAUUAAGCCGUGACGGGCGUUUCUAGAUCUGAUAACGGAACUGCAGGUCAGAAGGCGGACAUGUGUGAUCUAUUUUGACAAAGCCUGGAAUACCCCAUAUAAAACAGUCUGUCUAUCAUGGGAGCACCCACUUCCUCUGAACCAGUUAAGUCUUACCUACCUGACUCCUUCUGGGACUGAGAAGGAUUUCCCAGUCUUCUCCCACAGGUUGGCCUAACAUCUACCUGACUUCUGUGGUAGUUGCUUCUAGACUGGUGAAUGUGGAACCUGCAGUCUGCGUCUGAUCUGUGAAAACAUCCUUCUGAUCACCAAUUUUGCCUUUUCAGGCAUCUACCUUUUUAGAAGAGAACAGAAAAUGAUGAAGUCCCAGGGGUUAGUAUCAUUCAAGGAUGUGGCUGUGCAUUUCACCCAGGAGGAGUGGCAGCAACUGGACCCUGCUCAGAAGACCCUGUACAGGGAUGUGAUGCUGGAGAACUACAGCCACCUGGUCUCAAUGGGGCAUCCAGUUUCCAAACCAGAUGUCAUCUCCAAGUUGGAACAAGGAGAAGAUCCAUGGAUCAUAAAGAGAGACAUACCAAAUUGGAUCUAUCCAUAUGAAGAUCAGGCAGAUGGGCGACAAGACAGGAAAAGUAACCUUGACAACACCCAAUCAUGUAUUUUGGGGUCUGUUUCCUUCCAUAAUAAGAUACUGAAAGGAGUCACAAAGGAUGGUUCAUUUUACUCCAUAUUAAAAGUCUGUCAAGGUGAUGGCCACCUACAGAGAUGUCAGAAAAACAGACUUUUCAGACAAGUAACAGUCAUCAACAACAAAACAAUGACUGUGGAGUCAGACCACAAAUAUAAUGCAUUGGGCAAAAUAUUUCAAGAAUGCAUAGGGUCAGAUACUUCAAGACAAAGACCCCAUAACUGUGAUGCAUUUAAAAAUGACUUGAAAUCUAGUAUUGACCUACCUAGUUGUAAUAAGAGCAAUUCAGGAAAAAACCCUGAUGAGAGUUUUGGAUGUGGAAAAUCAUCCAUCCAUGGUGUGUCCAAUCCUGAUCUUGAGAAAAUUCACAACCGAGUAAUUCCCUGUGAUGAUAAUGAGUGUGGAAACAUUUUCAGCAAGAAACGAUCCCUUAUUCAGUAUCAGAAUGUUGAAACUAAGGAGAAAACCUGUGUAUGUAUUACAUGUGGAAAAGCCUUUGCUAAGAAGUCACAGCUCAUUGUACAUCAACGAAUUCAUACUGGGAAGAAACCAUACAAUUGUGGUGCAUGUGGGAAAGCUUUUAGUGAGAAGUUUCACCUUAUUGUACAUCAAAGAAUUCAUACUGGGGAGAAACCUUAUGAAUGUUCUGAAUGUGGAAAAGCCUUCUCUCAAAAAUCAUCCCUCAUUAUACAUCAAAGAGUUCAUACUGGGGAAAAACCAUAUGAAUGUAGUGACUGUGGGAAAGCCUUCUCCCAGAAAUCGCCCCUCAUUAUACAUCAGAGAAUUCACACUGGAGAGAAACCUUAUGAAUGUAGAGAGUGUGGUAAGGCCUUCUCCCAGAAGUCACAGCUGAUUAUACAUCAUAGAGCUCAUACUGGAGAGAAGCCCUAUGAGUGUACUGAAUGUGGGAAAGCCUUCUGUGAGAAGUCCCACCUCAUCAUACAUAAAAGGAUUCACACUGGAGAGAAACCCUACAAAUGUGCUCAAUGUGAGGAAGCCUUCAGCAGGAAGACAGAACUCAUUACACACCAGUUAAUUCAUACUGGGGAGAAACCUUACGAAUGUACUGCGUGUGGGAAGACCUUCUCCCGGAAGUCACAGCUCAUUAUACAUCAGAGAACGCAUACUGGAGAAAAGCCCUAUAAAUGCAGUGAAUGUGGAAAAGCCUUCUGUCAGAAAUCACAUCUCAUUGGACAUCAGAGGAUUCACACAGGAGAAAAACCUUACGUUUGUACUGAAUGUGGGAAAGCCUUCUCUCAAAAGUCGCACCUCCCAGGGCAUCAGCGGAUUCAUACAGGAGAGAAACCUUAUAUAUGUGCUGAAUGUGGAAAGGCAUUUUCUCAGAAGUCAGACCUUGUUUUACAUCAGAGAAUUCAUACAGGGGAAAGACCUUAUCAGUGUGCUGUAUGUGGGAAAGCCUUCAUCCAGAAAUCACAACUCACUGUACAUCAGAGAAUUCACAGCAGUGGUAAAAUCAUAAUAAACUAAAAACACAGACAAGCUUUCAGUAUUAGUUCAAGCCUUAAUAAACAACAGAAACGUGAUUAAUUUGAUAAAUUUGUGGACAACAUCUUUAUAGAGAAAAUUUUACAAGAGAAUUCGUGUCCGUAGUGUGGUGAUACCUAACUCAGCAAAGAUGAUGGGAAAUAAUUACAUAAAUGAAGGACAUUUCACCAUGGCAUGUAAAGCUUUUAAAGUCAUGAACUGAAUGGUCAGUAGAACAAAUUAUGUAUAUAGAAUAUUGUCAAAUUACAUAUUCCUUAUUAUACCAUAACAAUAAACACAUUGUGAAAUUGCUAA